GGCCGCGGGAGCUUUGCCGGAAGGGGGCGGGGCCAGGGGAGGAUACGCGGGCGCGCAGGAGCCGGGAAGCCGCGCUGCGCCCGCGCUGCCUCCGGAUCUGCGCCUGGUUCCGCGGUGAGUCCCCCUGGGCUGCCUCUGGCCAGGCGGCGGGACCCGGGACUCCCGCUGCCCCCCUUGGCCCGCCGAGCUCCCCUUGCGCGGAUGAACCGGGAGGGGGGAGAAGCACGCACUGGAGGCUCGUGGGGACGCGUUCGCUCGCUGGAUCCGCGCAUCUUUUAGAGGGGCAGCAGCACCCACCGUCUGGAACAGGGUGACGUUGGGCAGGAGCCUUUGCUGUACUUUUUCCGACAAGCCUCCCAGAUAUGUAGAAUGUUGAUAUUAUUUUAAUCUGUUUUUAGCUUUUUAUUGAUCUUAAAUUGUUUUUCAGUGUUACUGCAUCCUGUGCCUGUUUUGACUGAUGGUUUUAUUCUUUUUGUAAGCCACUUUGAGUUUUUUCAAAAUACAUUCAAGCAGUAUCUAAACUUUAUGAAAUAACUAAAAGCGAGUGAAUGCAAUAAUAGAGGCUUCUCCAGCUGAGCGGGGGUUCUCCUUGCCCUCCUCCCUCCACGAGGUCUUUCCAGGAACUGCCCACUGGCCCCCAUGCCCAUCCUGGCUUCCUCGAGGGCCCAGGGCCACAUUCCCUGCUAGCCAACUUCUGGGCCGGGGCCAGUGGUGGGCGGGACCAUAAUAGUGGGUGGAGCAACGAAUCCUGGGAAUUUCCCUUUGUACAGAAAGACCAGCCUCCUCACUGACACACCCUUCUCCAUCCCAGCCAAGCACAGGCCUGUUGCCCUGGGCAUUCAGGAACAUGUUCCAGCCAGAGACAGACUCUGCAUGAGGAGUGUUAGGAUGGGCAGAACUCUGCUGCAGAAUCAUUCUCAAUUCCUUUGCUCAGUCUUGGAUAGGACAUUGCUGUGUUUUCCUUACUGCCUCUGCUCUUCAUCUCUUAGUAGCAGCCUGAGACUCGGGUUUCAGUUGCAAGGAAAAGCGUCCUCUGCUUAACUAUCUCCAGCAACAUUCUAAGAGAUAAAAAGUUUUAGCUAAGACUACUAUUCAAGAUGCAAGAGAAAGGCAGGUAAAAAGCAAUAUAUGCCUGGCAUAUAUGAAUCUUAUUAUUCACUGGGAACGUAGGAAAUGGCAUCAUGCGAUGUGACGCUAUUCGUCUCCCUCAUCCAGAGUUGUCUCUUCUGACAGGCAGCCCAAAAGAGCAACGCUAUACCUGUCUACUCAGAAGUAAACCCCCAUUGAGUCUGAUAGGUCUUACUUGUAGGAAAGAGUGUCUAGGAUUGCAGCCUACUGCUCUGCCCUUUUGUACAAUUUUCCCUGCUUUUCAUGGAUAGGAAAGCUGUCAUCCUGAGCAUAUCCAUUUUGCAAACUUGCACCAGCAGGAAAAUUAGGAUUUCUCUUGUCCUCUUGCUGGACAGCUGGGAUUAAAUAUUGUGCAGGCAGGUGAGGGGCUUCUUUUGACAUAACCGUUAGAUUAAAUACUAUGUGGCAGGGAUUCCAUUUUUAACUACUAUUUUGUUGAUAGAAGGUUGGCCUGUCAAAAUAAUUCCUCUCCCUGCAGUUUAUUUAUUCAAUAUCUAUUAUAUCUUAUUUCAUAAAAUUUAUACACCGCCUGUUCAUAAAAACCUCAGAGCUGUUUACAAAAGAAAAAACAGUAAAAUCCAGAAAAAAUCACAACCCUACUUUAAAACAAUCCGUGAACCUCCCUGAGAUCUUCAAAUGGGCAGAAUACGAAUUUAAUUUAAAAAAUCUAAAAAGAAAAAUAAAACAUACAAAAGAUGAAAUACUAAAGCAGAUUAAAAUUACCUCAGCUUUCUUAGCGUCUGGAUAGGCUUGCUUAAACAAGAAUGAUUCUAGCAGGCACUGCAAAUGGUGCAGGGAAGGCCCCCGCCCUCUCUGCCCCGUCUCUCGAUCUUGACUGCUUUCUUUCUUUUGGGGAAGGGCCUUCCUUCGCUAAGCCAAUGAUGUCGCAGUUUCCAGUGAAGAAGAAGAAGCAGCAGCAGCGCUUGCGCCUGCCCGGCCCGCCAGCUCCCCUGGCGCAUCCUGUGCGCUUCCCCAAAGUGGUGCUGUGCCUGGUGGAGAAAAGGAUGGGAGCCACGCGCAAGGCUUUCCUUACCACUCUGGCCCGCCAAAGGGGUUUCUGCGUGGAGGAUGCCAACAGGUAACAAAGGAGGUGGGCCAGGCUCUCCCUCUGAAGAAGGAAGAGGUAAAAGGGGACAGCCCAUCCUGGAUUUUCAGGCCACAAAUUUCCUGGGCACAUUUUGUUCUGCUAUGGUGCAAGAGUAGCGCUCCAAAGAGCAAUAACGUGGUAGCAUGAAGAGGCCAAACACCUGAUAAAGUGGAGUGAUGUGUGAAUGGCCCUUCUAGGACAGUGACAUGUUGCAGGACACCCCUGCCCCCCCCAAAGCCUACAGUCCGGCAGUGGUGGAGGAAGAGGUGCGGACUGCCCCGGGUGACAUCAUUGAAGGGGGUGACAAAAUGAUAAUAAUAUGUUUUUUUUAAAAAAUGAGCUCACAAAACUUUUUAGUUCAGUCAACAAACGUAACAAAAUGCAUCUGGCACUGGGCACCACAUUGCCAGGGCCAGCACUUGCCUCCCUACAGCUGAGGGGGAAGGCAGCGGAGAGGUUCCACGCAGCUUGCCCCACCCCCAUGGGUGUCUUGCCCCGCCCCCAUGCCCCGCGCCCAGCUUCAGGACACCUGCGACGCACCCGGCACCCGAGUGGCUAGCUACGCCGCUGCAGUCUGGAGGGGCCCUCUGCUUGCUGGGCUGGAUUGACUGGGUUGGGUUUGCACAACAAUGUUGCUCAGAGUCUUCUUUCCCCCUUCCUCCCCCCCUCCAUGUGGUGCUUUCCAGUGACAGAGUUACCCACGUGGUGUCAGAGGGCAACUCUGGAGAUGAGGUGGUUGAGUGGCUGCUGAAGAACGGGAGCCGCGGCAUCGAUGUCUUGGGUGGCUGCCCAGCGCUGCUGAACACCAGCUGGUUCACAGAGAGCAUGAGUGCGGGGCGGCCUGCGGAGAUUGAGCCCAGGCACCGUCUCCAGGUGAGGAAGGAACCUUGCAGAGCCUUGUCCUGGGUUCCAGCCAGAUGCAGGUACACCAGGAUUGCCAUUGUAAGCUUUACAGUGGUACCUCCGGUUGCAGACUUAAUUCAUUCCGGAGGUCUGUUUGUAACCCAAAACUGCUUUUAACAUGAGGAGCGCUUUUGCUAAUGGCUCCUCCCGCUGCUGGUGCGCGACUUCCGCUCGCAUCCUGGGGCAAAGUUCGCAACCGGGAGCAUCUACUUCCAGGCUAGCAGAGCUCGUAAUCCGAAGCGUACGUAAGGAGGACGGUGCGUAACGAGGUUCCACUGUAUUGAUUACUUACGGAAAUGCCUUUCUAGGCCCCCAAUGGACCUCACAACAAUAAAACCGCCCUGCUCCUAUCAGUCAGAUGCUGAGUUCCAGUGACUGUGUAGUCGCAACAGGACUGCUGAGAAAGUGGAGGUGGGGUUCUCAGCAUACCUGGCAGGGUGUGGGGGGGUCCGAAGUAUAGAGGAGUACAAAUGGUAUUUAGGAAAAAGUCACCUAGGAGAGCAACCCCGCCCCCAUCAAACCUGCCUGUGAAGACUAGAGUUUUGUUGUGUGUGCUGCAGUCUCUGAGAGGCAAGACACUCCAUGGGUGCCAGCGCUCCCCUGGGUUUGGUAGAGUAUGAGACCCUUAAUCCCGGGGUUGUAGGUUCGAGCCCCACGUUGGGCAAAAGAUUCCUGCAUUGUAGGGGGUUGGACUAGAUGAUCCUCAUGGUCCCUUCCAAGUCUACAACUCCAUGAAUGUAGGUUGAUGGAGACGGUGGUGUCCUUAGGCUACGUGCCUUUAUUUACACAUAUAUGCAACCUGAGCAAAGGAUGGAGGGGUUCACAGCAUGAAAACUCCAACUGAUGAUGCUUUUUUCCUCUUGGGUUCCAGGGGAGCUCCCAGUCAUAACUUUGAGUCAAGCUCAGGGCAGGCAGGCUUAGAAUCAUAGAAUCACAGAAUCAUAGAGUUGGAAGAGACCACAAGGGCCAUCGAGUCCAACCCCCUGCCAAGCAGGAAACACCAUCAGAGCACUCCUGACAUAUGGUUGUCAAGCCUCUGCUUAAAGACCUCCAAAGACCUCCUUGCCUCUGGGUCUCCAGCAUCAGCCAAAACUGAGACACCCAAAACUAACUCCCCCUGGCCUGUUGUUCUCCUUUGUAGGAUGACCACCCAGCCAGGUGGGGGGGGGAAUGCCUCCCCUCUGCUGGAAGCCUCUUCAGUUGUCACUAUGGCAACCCAUCUCUUCUUUGAGGUGCUGAGGAGGCCAGCCAAGGAACAGGUCUGGAAGGGACCCAUCGAUGUCAUGACAGGCUAAUCCCCCAAACCCAUAGUGAUAGGGCUGGCUGAUGGCAACCCUGAACAGGAGCUCUCUCUACUGCAACAUUUCAUUGUGAGUCCCGCAGAGGAACAAGGUCAGGCAAGGCCCUGCAUUCUUUAACACUUGCUCUUAACGGCGUUUGUCUAGAAUAGCUGUGUGGUGGUUUUUUUGGGGGAGGGGGGUGAUCUGUAAGUUAAACAGGGAGGUAGACAAAGUCUGCCCAGCCCCAUUCCCAGAGUGGUUUAACAAUCAAUCCCUCUUUCCAGGGAAACUGGUGACAACUCUUGGCACCCUUAACCACAGCUCUCAGAAUUAUUUGGGGGAAGCCAUGGUUGUUUAAGGCAGUAUUAUAGCACUUUAAAUGAAAGUGGCCUAGGAGUGGCUUGAGUACUGUCAUUUUUUGUGCAAUUAGUAAUUCCUUACCAGAAAAACAGGGUGGAGGGUGCCUCUCUAAUGCAAUUUCUCUGUUUCUCUCUCUGCAAACACAGUUUCCCAAUUUCUCUCUUCCUCCCCCCCCCCCCCCCAUUUCUUGCUCGUGCUCUGUUGUGACACUACUAGAGUGUGACUAAGAGAAAGCGUUUGGGGAACUGACACUUAUACAGAAGGAGGAUGUAAAGUUUAAAAACUAUUUUUAGUUACUGACUCUGAGCCCUUCAAUGCAGGGGAGCUAAACGUUCUGUCUUUCAGGUGGCUGCCCAUGCAGAGACGCUGGAGGCCAGGUGCCAGGUGCCAGUUUAUGCUUGCCAGCGCCGAACUCUGCUGGCGCACAGGAACCAGACACUCACGGUAAUAAUCUGUUUCUAGGGACAGAAAUAGUUUGGGCAUCCCCUUGGAGUGAUUGAGCGGAGAACAAGGCUGCAGGGACAGAGAGUGUCUCUGUCACACUCGUGGCAUAUUAUUUAAUACUUACAAAAAUUAUUGCAGAUAAAUGCAGAAGCAGGAAACCAGAGGCACAUGGAAAACAUUUUGAGCCCAUUGGAAUGGAUGAACAAUAAGGGAUGGAAGAAAAGCAGCUCAACCUAAACAUGGCAAAUCAUAAUGUGGGAGAAGCUCUGGAUUUCUUCCUUGCUUACCCAGCUCAAACACUGAGGAGGCCAUAUGGUGCAACCUCACUAAAUUGCAUAGCUCAGGUAUUGAGGACACCCCCAGGAUAGAAAUAAUGGUUCCACCGCUUUACCAGCCUUGACGAGCAGCCUGACAGCCACAAAACAGGUGAAGAGUUUCCUAGGGCGGAGGCAAACAGCAAAUCUUGCAUCUACCUCCCCCUCUGCCUGUUUUUAAAUCACCUUUAAAAUUUUUCCAAUGCUUCUGCUUAUUGUGUGUGUUGCUGAUUUGUUUAUGUAUUUUUUAAAAAAACUUGUCUUGAAGUGGCAUGUGUCUUAAAAAGGGAGUAAUAGUAAUAAUUCUAUUAUUUGUACCCUGACCAUCUGACUAGCUUGCCCCAGCCACUCUGGGCAGCUUCCAACAUAAUAUAAAAACACAACAGAACAUCACACAUUAAAAACUUCCCUUUCCAGGGCUGCCUUCAGAUGUCUUCUAAAGGUUGAGUAGUUCUUUAUCUCCUUGAUAUCUGAUGGGAGGGCAUUCCACGGGGUGGGUGCCCCUGCCGAGAAGGCCCUCUGCCUGGUCCCCUGUAACCCCACUUCUUGAAAUGAGGGAACAGCCAGAAGACCCUCGGAGCUGGACCUCAGUGUCCAUGCUGAAUGAUGGGAGUGGAGAUGCCCCUUCAGGUAUACUGGGCCGAGGGUAUCAAUUCUGUUCAGAAAUAAGUGGUCGGGAAAGGUUCAGGUGCUAAACCUUUUGCAUGUCAGGCUGUUGUUGGGGGCACAGGAAUGGUAAAGAUGGCACCCCUAAGUCAGAGUAUCGCUGUGUUCAAAGCUAGCAGGUCAGGGCAAACCCUUCUGCUCUGUCCUUCUCCCUGAUGUGCUGGCUUUACCCAUGCGGGGAGAGUCUGCCUUGAUGAAUAUGCGGCUGCAUUCAGAAGCAUGAUACUUUGCAUAUGCAGUUGGUGAGAUGGUCAGAUCCUCUUUUGAGUGUUUGAACUUGCUUUUGCCCUUUGAGAAUGAUCCUUAAUUGCCUUUCCCUUGACAGGAAGUUCUGCAAACGAUGGCAGAGGAGGCACACUUUUGUGGCAGCGAAGCCCGCAGCCUGGCCUUCUCCAGGGCUGCCUCUGUCCUCAAGUCCUUACCCUGGACAGUCAGAAGAGUGCAGGAGCUGCGCUCCCUUCCCUGCCUAGGAGAGCACUCCAGGAGAAUCAUCCAGGUGAUGGCGCUCUCUGAAUCUUCCUCUCUUUCCUCCACAGCCUUGGCUUCUCUCUUCUGCCACGCUCUACAUGCCACCAGAAGGUUUCCUUGCUGACUUUGCACCCAGAAGGAAAUGUGACCUUCAGGCUGAUAAAACCUCUCCACUUCUACUCCGCCCCUGUUCCCUAAAGGAAUGCAGACCUCCCGGAGUGGAAGGGAAGGUUAUCCCAGCCCUGACGGAGCCGAAAUAGUGUCUGUUCUGAUGCCCUUGUACACCUCCAGGAAGCACCGUUGUUUAGCCUGCUACAGCAACUAGUUUUUGCCAUUACCAGGACACAGGUCUUUGGAUAAUCUUUUUCCUAGACACAAUACUGGUAUAUUUCACCUUGAGUUGCAGCUGGUAGUUCAUUAUUCUUUGAAUAAUGUCUCUUCUGAUGUCUUGAGCAGAAAGCAGUCCAUCUUUCCCAUCAACUCCUGCCCAAUCCCAAUCUCCUUCUUUUAACCGGAAGUGUCUGGAGUGGAACCUUCCACACGCCAGCCUGGGCACUGCAACUGAGCCCUGCUCUCUUCCAGAAUGUCAGAGCUCCGUGCAUCUUUUAGCAGUUCUGUGGAUGGGGACAGCUUUGCCUUUGUCUCCCCUGACCAGGAGGUACUGGAAGACGGCGCGUCUGCGGAGGUGGAGCGAGUCAAGCAUUCUGAGAGAUACCAGGCAAUGAAGGUGCGAUGGCUGUUACUGAAUGGCUUUUGGCCUGGUGUGGGUAACCUGUGGCCCACCAGAGGAUGCUGGCCUAGAGCUCCUGCCAGCCAGUAUGGCCCUGUGGUUAGGGAUGAUGGGAUUUGUAGUCCACCGACAUCUGGGAGGCCACAGGUUAGCAAUCACUGGCCUAGUGGUUAUGGGUGGGUAUAGGGGAACAUGCAGUGGCCCUUGGGCACGUGUUCUGUGCCCCUGGAUCAGGGCUUUGUCUGUCUCAGUUAUGUGAGAGUAGAGAGGAAAUGUUCCCUGUGGUGGGAAGAGUGCUGUUGUGCUCAGGUCCUGCUUUUUGGAUUUCCAUAGACAUUUGGUUGGCCACUGUGAGAACAGGAUGUUAGGCUAGCUGGCCUUGGGCCUGAUCCUGCAGGCUCUUCACAAAUCAAAUCAAAUCUUUAUUUUAUUUUUUAUUUUUUAAAUAGUAUUUAUUAAAGUUUUAAGUUUACAAAAAGGCAAAAGUAAAAACACCAAAUUAAACAAUAACAAAACCAACACAUCACAAUAAAAAACAGAAAGAUAGAAACAAUUAAAAACAAAAGAAAAAACAAAAAAGAAAAAAACAAAUCGAACCUUCCCAUAACUUAUCUUUCAUUUGCUUGUUUCCCUGACCUCCUCACACCUCCCUUUUUUGUAUUCUAAGUCAAUUAUCCAUUUCAGCAAAUCCUUUCCCUCUCUUCAAAAUUUUUAUCCUGAAAAUUUAUCUUAAUCUUGAUAUAAGUUUACUUUCCCUCUUUUCACCAAUUAACAGUCUAUUUUUCUUAAAUCUUUGAUACAUUUUUGCUAAAAUCACCUAGAUUCAUUCCAACAUCAUUCUAACAUUCAUUAAUUUUACAAUGUUUCUGUAAAUAGUCUUUAAAUUUCUUCCAAUCUUCCUCCACUGACUCUUCUCCCUGGUCUUGGAUUCUGCCAGUCAUUUCCGCCAGUUCCAUAUAGUCUAUCACCUUCAUCUGCCAUUCUUCCAGAGUGGGUAGAUCUUGUGUCUUCCAAUACUUUGCAAUAAGUAUUCUUGUUGCUGUUGUGGCAUACAUAAAGAAAGUUCUGUCCUUCUUUGGCACCAAUUGGCCGACCAUGCCUAGGAGAAAGGCCUCUGGUUUCUUCAGAAAGGUAUAUUUAAAUACCUUUUUCAUUUCGUUAUAGAUCAUCUCCCAGAAAGCCUUAAUCCUUGGGCAUGUCCACCAAAGGUGAAAGAAUGUACCUUCCGUCUCUUUACAUUUCCAGCAUUUAUUAUCGGGCAAGUGAUAAAUUUUCGCAAGCUUGACUGGUGUCAUGUACCACCUGUAUAUCAUUUUCAUUAUAUUCACGCUUAAGGCAUUACAUGCCAUGAACUUCAUACCUGUGGUCCAUAACUGUUCCCAGUCAGCCAUCAUAAUGUUAUGUCCAACAUCUUGUGCCCAUUUAAUCAUAACAGAUUUUACCGUUUCAUCCUGAGUAUUCCAUUUCAACAGCAAAUUAUACAUUCUUGACAAAUUCUUAGUUUUGGAAUCUAACAGUUCUAUUUCCAAUUUUGAUUUUUCCACCUGGAAGCCAUUUUUUUAAUCCAAAUUAUAUGCCUCCAUUAUCUGAUAACAAUGAAGCCAAUCUCGCACUCUAUUUUUUAAUUUUUCAAAACUCUGCAGUUUUAAUCUGUCUCCCUCUUGUUCCAAAAUUUCCCAAUAUUUCGGCCAUUUAGCCUCCAUAUUGAGCUUUUUCUGAGCCUUCGCUUCCAUUGGUGACAACCACCUUGGGGUUUUAUUCUCAAGCAAAUCCUUAUAUCUUAUCCAAACAUUAAACAGUGCUUUUCUGACAAUAUGGUUUUUAAACGCUUUAUGUGCUUUGACCUUAUCAUACCACAGAUAUGCAUGCCACCCAAAGACAUUAUUAAAGCCUUCUAAGUCCAACACAUCAGUGUUCUCAAGAAGCAUCCAUUCUCUCAGCCAGCAAAAAGCGGCUGAUUCAUAAUAAAGUUUUAAGUCUGGCAGGGCAAAUCCACCUCUUUCCUUAGCGUCAGUUAAUAUCUUAAAUUUUAUUCGAGGUUUCUUGCCCUGCCAGACAAAUCUAGAGAUAUCUCUCUGCCACUUCUUGAAACACUCCAUUUUAUCCAAUAUUUGCAAUGUUUGAAACAAAAACAACAUCCUUGGCAAUACAUUCAUCUUUAUCACAGCAAUUCGGCCUAGCAGUGAUAACUUCAGAUUUGACCAUAUUUCUAGAUCCUUUUUCACGUCCGUCCAACAUUUUUCAUAGUUAUCCUUAAACAGAUUCACAUUCUUAGCAGUCAUGUUAACCCCUAAGUAUUUCACUUUCUUAACCAAUGUUAAUCCUGUCUCCUUCUGAAACCUUUCUCUCUCCGUCACUGUUAAUUUUUUCUCUAAAACUUUAGUUUUCAUCUUAUUCAAUUUAAAUCCCGCUACUUGUCCAAAUUCUUGGAUCAGUUCCAGUACUCUUUUGGUACUAGAUUCUGGCUCCUGUAAUGCCAAUACCAGAUCAUCAGCAAAUGCUUUCAGUUUGUACUGUUUAGCUCCAACUUGUAUACCUUUAACUGUUUGUUCCCUCCUAAUCAUGUUUAAAAGAACUUCCAGGACCGAUAUAAAAAGCAAUGGAGAGAUUGGGCAACCUUGUCGUAUUCCUUUCUCUAUCUUAAAUUCUUCCGUCACUACAUUGUUCACAAUUUAGCCUUUUGUUCUGAAUAAAUUGCACCUAUACCAUUUUCAAAACCUUGACCAACCCCCAUCCCCUGUAGAUUUUUCUUCAUAAAACUCCAAGAAAUAUUGUCAAAGGCUUUGUCCGCGUCCACAACAAUAAAAACUGCUUCAGUAUUAAUAUUCACUUGUAACUUUUCUAGAAUGUUAAUUAUAUUCCUCAUGUUGUCAGACAAGUGUCUGCCCGGGAGAAAACCGGCUUGGUCUUUAUGGAUUUCUUCUACUAGUACCUUUUAAUCUUUUAGCCAAAAUAUCUGCAAAAAUUUUGUAAUCCACAUUAAGCAAAGAUAUGGGCGGUAGUUCUUAAGCUGUGUCUUCUCAGACUCUACUUUCGGUAUAAGUGUAAUGUAAGCUUCCUUCCACGACUCUGGCGCCUUUUCCCCUUCCAAUAUUCCAUUACAAACUUCUUUUAAUGGCUGUAUUAUCCAUUCUUUCAGGGAUCUAUAGUAUCUUGAAGUUAGUCCAUCCAGACCUGGAGAUUUACCCAAUUGCAUAUUCUGGAUGGCCCCUUUUAUCUCUUGCUCCAUUAUUUUGUAGUUCAACAUUAGGUUAUUUUCUUGAGAGAUUUUUUGUAAUCCAUUUGUUUUCAAAAAACAAUCAAUGUCCAUUUGUUUCUGAGUUUCCUGUGUAUAUAGUUGUUUAAAAUACCUCUGAAAACACUUUCUAAUCUCCACUGGAUUCUGUAUAUUUCCCCUUCUACUUCCAAAUUUGUGAUAGUGUUAAGUUUUUGUCUUUUUUCAUUUGCCCAGCCAGCAGUUUUCCACAUUUGUUUGCCGAUUCAAAUGUCUUUUGUCUCAUCUGUUUAAUUUUCCAUUCUAUUUCCUGGUUCAUCAUUUUCAUAUAUUGUACUUGGUAUAACUUUAUCUCUUUCAAAAUCUCCUGCGACUUUGGUUUCACUCUCAGUUUCUUCUCUCCUUCCUUUAUUUUCUCCAAUAUUUUAUCUUUUUCUCAUUUAGGACUCUCUUUGAAUCGCAUUCUGUUGUAUCAAAAACCCUCUCAUAACCGCUUUGCUUGCGACCCAGAUUACUCUUUUUUUCUACAGUGGUGUUCAUAUUUAUCUCAAAAUAGUCUCUCAGAGUUUUUUGGGCCUUCUUAGUCACUUCUUCGUUCCUAAACAAUAUGUCAUUCAUCCUCCAUCUGAAGGAACCAGUUGAUGUUAGUUUCAAUUCCAUCUUUACAGCAUUAUGGUCGGAGCAGGUUUUCGGGCAUAUUUCCACCUUUCUAGUUUUUGGAGCCAGUCCUCUAGUUACCCAAAUUUGGUCAAUUCUUGUCCAUGUCAUUUUGGCCUCGGAGAAGAAGGUUCCUCUCUUCCCAAAGGGUUUUUAAUUCUCCAAAUGUCAACUAAGUCCAUAUUGUCAGUCAUAUCAAAGAAAGUCUUUGGCAAUCUGCCAUCCUUAGUAACUACCUGUCUCUGUGCUUUAUCCAUAUUUGUAGACACUACACCAUUCAUAUCCCAUCAAGAUCAUAUUAUAAUCCAUAUAGUCCAUCAGAGUCUCAUGUAGCUUCUUAAAGAAUUCCGAUUUUCCCUCGUUUGGUGCAUAAAUACCUAAUAUCAAAAACUUCUCUCCUUGCGAUUGGAUUUCAAUUGCUACAAAUCUUCCUUGAUCAUCUUUAAAAAGAAAUUUCGGUGAUAGGCUCUCCUUUGCAUAAAGUACUACUCCUCUUUUUUACUUUGUCUGAUGAAAUAAAUUCUUGUCCCAAUCUUUUAUUUACCAGUAAUUUCCUAUGUAGCCUUAUCACAUGUGUUUCUUGUAAGCAAAUCAAGUCCAAUUGUUCCUUUUUUAAUACAUGAAAGACUCUUCGUCUCUUCUCGGGGGAAUUCCAAAUCAAAUCUUUAUUGUCGUAGUCAAUGGCCAGCAUUAAGAAAGCAAGUUGUUCCUGAAAAACCUCAGUCAGUGAUGAACCCAUCUAGACCAUCUAAAAACAUUUAAAUCAAUCCUCACAGUUAUUAAUGACAUGGUUGCCAUAACCAGUAUCUGCCAUCAAGUGCCUCGGUAAACGGGAAUAUUUUUAAAUUUCUGAAAGAUAGCAAUGAGGGAGAUACAGCAGGGUGCGCAUUGCACUAACAUGGAGCCACCACUGAGAAGGCCCUGUCACAAGUCGGCGUAGGUCAGGUAGCAGCCAGAGGAGGUGCUACCACAAUGCAAGUCUCUUUGUACGUGGCAGGGCAAUGCUAAGGCACAUCCUUAGGCCUUUGCCCUGUGCAUUGAACAGAAUAGAUGCCCUUGAAUUUGCUCCAGAAUCCUUCCAUCAACAAACUUUCACUCGGCAGGUUUUCACAAAGAUCUUUGGGGUUGGGGUGAAGACGGCCAGCCGGUGGUAUCAGGAAGGACUGAGGACGCUGGCCGACCUGCAGGCACAUCGAGCAAAGCUGAGCAAGGAACAGGAAUUUGGUAAGUAUCCAUGCAGUAAGAAGAGGGACUUGGGGGUUAAAGCGGGGUAAGGGUAAAAGGAGCAAGAGAACAACGUGGACUGAUACUAUGGUGGCCGGGGGGGGGGGGGCAGGAGGCUGCCUCUGUCUAUGUCCUUGGCAUGUUAGCUUGGCAUGUGUUCAUUCAGAGGUCUGCCCUGUCCCAUCCCAUUUCUCAUCAAUUUCAUGUUGUUGGCAUGUAUAUAAAAAUAUAUCUACACACAUGUUGCUUUCCUCAUCGUAUCAGCAAUUUCAUUUUAAAACCCAUGAAAUUAUGCAUUAUUUUUGUACACAUUUUGCCCUAAAGUAUUCAUAGUUUGAAUAUUUUAACAUAUAAUAAGCACUCUAACAUAAAGAUCCACAUUAUUUAUAUAUGCUUUUUGACCCAGGCUUUAGAAACUGACUUUGUGGUUUAAUAGCUAUAGUUGCUUUUUCUAUUUUCAUUUAUUUUAUUUUAUUUUUAGAAAAAGGUAACUGGAGCUGAUCCUGUUUCACUUUAGAUGCCAAAUAUAUAUUAUCAGUGAAUCAUAAGUUUUCACAGAAAAUUGAAAUUACUGAAAAGUGGUAUAAUAACUUGUCAAUUUUUAAACAAUUAAAUCUCUUUGGGUUGUAGCCAACUAAAUUUUACUCUGAGUAGGUCCAUUGAAAUGAAUAGACUGAAGUUAGUUGCAAUAAUUAAUUUCAGUGGGUCUCCUGGGUAUGCCUAGCAUUGCAUACCAGUUGUUAUUUCACAAAAUAACACUCAUCUAGUUUUUGUUAAUUAGCAAAAGUAUCAAACCAGAAGAAAAAAUAUAUAUUUUAUUAUUGUAAGAUUAAUUUGCCAUUAUUUGAGCUGUCAGAUGCCUAGCUCUAGUUCUGGCUUGAGUACUUUGUGGAGAGUCACAGAUGUGCCUGCUUUGUGGCUGCCUUGGACCCUUUGCCCAGCACUGGCGUGGGUUCUUGCCUCCAGGGCAGAAGCAAGAAGUUGCAAGAGCCCAGAACACCAUGCCUUAUACCAUGUCAGAGUCUGAUCCCUUGGUCUAUCUAGCUCAGUAUUGUCUGCACUGACUGGCAGUGACUCCAAGAGGUUCCGACAGGACCUUCCCUGCCCUCCCUGGGAUGUUCUGCAUUCAGUGCAGCAGCUCUGCCACUGUGUUGUGGUCCUUUCCUUAUCUGUAUUGGAUGGACAGAAAUCUGCUGCCUUCCUGUCUCCUUGCUUUUUCGUUCUCAAGUGCUGAGGGGCUCCUGAACACACCUGGUGGUGGGUUUCUUUUCCCCGCAGGGCUCCUUCAUUAUGACGACCUCAACACCCCAGUGGAGCGCUCCGACGCAGAGGCCAUUAGCCAGGUGGUGCGAGACGCAGUGGGGCAGUGCUUGCCUGGGGCUUCUGUGACGUUGGCUGGUGGCUUUAGAAGGUGAUGAUGGGCUCUUGACAAACAUGCUGGAAAUCCUGUGCCAAGAAUGUGCCAAGCUUGAUUCUUCUCAUUCCCAGGAGGUACUUCCUCCUGCAGUACUAAUUCGCCCCUCUGGUAGAGCACAAGUCACUUUCAGAAUCUGCUUAUAAAUGCCACAUUGCAGGGAACUCUGGAAAUUGCCCAGUAAAGCAGGACAGGGAUCUAUCACAGAUAUUUCAAGCAUGCUCUCAAAAUGAUGGUCCUUCCUGGGCAUCUUGAGAGAGGCUAGGACUGGUUGCCUGUAGCAUAGAUAUGCCUUGCCUUUGCUUCUGAUGAGGAACAAUUCAGGAAAUGAUGUUUGCAGUGGGCCAGGGGAGACUGGCACAAAGUACAACUGUCACAUUCCGAUGAAGAAAGGAAUACAGGCGUAAGUCCUCCUCUGCCAUUCUUCCUUGGAGGCCAACAGGUAGAUGGGGUGUGCAGAAAGAGGAAGAUGUGCAAUCACGUUUUAUUCAGUUGAGCAUUUAUUUAACCCAGCAAACCAGACCUGCUUUUGUUCUCACACUGGCUGCCUUUGCAUGUCCUAAAUAAUAGUUCAGUGUGAUGUUGAUGCACCGCAGGAAGCCUUCCAUUUCCAUGCUGCCUCCUGCUUCCCACACAUCCAGGAGGAGGAGAUCAGGAGCAUCUGCCUUUCCUCCACCACAGCUUGCGAUUUAGUCACACUUCAGGGUCCAGCUAGACAACUUGACAGCGAUUUAUUUUAAACAAGCCAGACCUGCUAACUUUGGGUGGUAUUCCUAUAAGUUGUACUCAGAAUAAACUCACUUAAAUUCAUGACCGUGACUAAGCUAGGUCUAUUAGUUCAAAUGGGUCUACUGUGAGCAAAACAUACUUGAAUGACAGCCCAUGGUUUGAAGUUGACCUGUGUUGUUGGACUACAACUCCCAUCAUCCCUGAGCAUCCCUGAUCCUGCUAGCUAGGAAUAAUAGGAGUUGUAGUCCAACAACAGCUGGAGACUGAAGUUUGAGAAACACUGGCACAGUGAGCCUAUGGUUAAACAAAAGCCGAAGCUUCCAUAUCCCUCCAAGCCGCCCAGGAGCAGAAGAGUGAGCAAAGAGGCUCCCAGCGCUCCUUCCCAUGGCAUCAAGCUGUGUCUUAGGAUGACAUGUAAACAUAUCCAUUAAAUGAGCAAAGAUUUGCCACAUGGCAAUGAGCAAACCAGGCUAGGUCUGACUUGGAUUAAGUCUAGGCUUAGAUGAUGCGCACAGCAAGAAAAUAAACUGGAGUCAUUGUCCAGAGCUGGACUGGACGGAACAAGAGAGCACAGCCUGUUUUGCAGGGGCUUCCUCCCGUGAGAGAGGCGGCUUCCUUCUGCCUGCCGUCCCGUGACUCAGUGUCUUCCCUUACAGAGGGAAACAAACCGGCCAUGAUGUUGACUUGCUUCUCACACACCCUACGGAAGGCCAAGAAGUGGGACUGCUGAAGAAAGUCAUCAGCUGGCUGGAUAAGCAGGUUGGAGCAGAGUUGGGUAGCCCAGGGGGGAAUAUGGUGGGGAAUCAUAAGGAUUACUGGGAAAGCGGUACAUGGAACAUUUCAGACACUCUCAAAGCAGAGGUAGCACAGUGACCCUCUAGAUCACAACUCCCAUCAUCCCAAACCAUUGGCCAUGCUGGCUGGGAGCUGGCGUCUGACCGCAUCUGGAGGGUCGCAGCUCCCCCCAUGCCUGUCCUAAAGCCUUGAUAUUGGCAAUUCCCAAACUGUAUGGGAGACUGCGUGGGAGUGGGGAAAUUAAGGGAUUGACGACUGCUGUGAGCGCUAAGUGCCCCCCUACAGAAGAGCCGGCCCCUUGCAUCUCUGCAGGGUCUGUUGCUCCAGCAUUCCUUUAUUUCUCUCAGCUUCCACACUGUGGGUGGAGGGGGGGGCGAUUCUGUUGUGCAUUGCCAACCCAGAGGCUGCUUGUUGCAUUUCUGCAGGAGUCAUUGUUCUGAGCAUGACCAUGUGUGUCCAGAUCAGAAGCUUCAGCAGGAGCAUAGAAUCACAGAAUUGUAGAGUUGGAAGGGACCCCCUGGAAUGCGUAGGGCAACACGAAAGCCUAUCUUCACCUUUUCUAGGUGCAAGUGAGAUACACGCCUCGGCCAUCAGGUGUUCAGAAAACCCUUGGCCGUAUAAAUGCUGAGUGGUGUGACUUUUGCAUUCUGCUGCCCUGUCUUUGUAGGGCUUCUUGCUCUAUCACAGCAGCCGGAGAAACACUUUCCAGGCUUUUGAAGACCCGGAGCUGUGGAGCCGCAGCAGUGCAAGUGGAAUGGACCAUUUUGAACGAUGUCUCUCCAUUUUCCGCCUUCGCCUUCCUGGGGGUGUUCAGAUCAGUGCCGGGGCUCAGAAGCCUGGUGGUGCAGUGACAGGUUCUGGAGUGUCCAGUUUCUGGAAAGCUGUGAGGGUGGACUUGGUUGUGACUCCCUUCAGUCAGUUUCCAUUUGCUUUGCUUGGCUGGACAGGCUCAAAGGUGAGUUCAACAGGUAUCUUGCCUGGGAUUGGAGUUUUCCAUCAUGGAUCCUGGUUCUGUAUUUCAAUUUGCAUCUUCCUUUCUUUUUCAAAACUUGGAAGGCCAUAACACACUGUAAAGAAUCCUUACAGCAGUUAGUAAAUGUCUCAGGCCAGCACUAGGAACUGCAUUGGAAUCACCACCUCCUGCUUUAGGGAGCCAUUUCUUAGCAUUUUAUACAAGGCAUUUAUACCCCACUGUUUAGCCAAAAAGGCUCCUAGAUACGUAACAUUUCUCCCUAAUUCUGGGUAAUCUUUACAUCGGAAAGGGACUGUGUAGUCCACUUGCCACCGGUUGCAAGAGAUCUAGUAGAAUUGCAUGCUCCCCACAUAAAGCAGAUGUGAAUUAAAAGGAGGUGAGAACAGUUAAUCUUUCAGAGACCCUGCAGACACACUUUUGGUGGGUAUGUGCUUCAGGUUUAAGAGCCUUUAAUUACAGAAUGAAUGAAAUUCUCAUGCAAGCCAUUUGGCAGGGACUGCCUUAACAACCCAUCUCCUUUCUUCUCUCCCCUUGGCUCCGUCCCAGAAUUUUGAGCGCGACCUCAGGCGCUACUCCAAGCACGAGAAGAAGAUGGCUCUCAACAAUCAUGUCCUUUAUCACCUGGAGCAGGUACACGGCUUUUGACAGAGGAGCAUCAAAGAAGGAAGGGUCUUUCCACCUGGGUUGCCUGUGGCUUUGCGCCUGGUUUAUCCUUAUAGAACUGGGGAGGGGGGCAUUUGGGGCUCUUUUAUAGAACAGAAGAUUUGGGGGUCUUCUGUUUGUGGCCCUUCCUCAUGGGCCAACAUCAACAGGUGGGUGGGGCAACCUGUCUGUCAAAUCACAUGAUGCCACAUGAUUGACAGGCUUGUGCAGGGAUUGCCAAAGGGGGGGGGGGAGGGCCAAAGAAAGGAGCAGAGGCAGUGGAUCUUGUGCUUUGCCUUGACUUGCAAAACACCCCUCUGAUUUCUCCCCCAACCCUUACGCUGGCAGGGAGGGAAGGGAGCGAGGAAGGGCCUUUUGCAAGGGGACUCCUUGUGCUUUGCUGAUGCUUGCAGAAGGCACCUUUCUUUCUGCUUGCCUUUCCGUCCCAGUAGGGAAGUGGUGCAUGCAGCCAAACUGAGCAGGAUGUAGCCCCUGCUAAAUCGUUUUGGCUGCAAGUGCCUGUUUCUGCAGCAAAGGCAGAAUUGAAACCCUUUCUUCCUUCCCAUGGUAUCAGCUGGUGGGACAGUGAGCGGGGAUUGUGGAAAAUUACCCCUCCCCAUUUUUCAGGAGUCAGUCCUGAGGAAAAAUCUGUACCUGCUGCCCUGCAGGAAAUCUUUGGGAGAAGAAAAGGCUGAGGAGCGAACCCUGCACAGAUCUGGAGUGGAGUCCCUAAGAGGGUUGGAUGGCGCCUUGGAAGCCUCCUUCCGGCUGGUGCCAAAGGUUUUGCUCUGCUUUCCUUUGGAUGGCAUCAGAGAGGCGGGGGGGGGGGCGGGUCUUGCUGUGUGGGCAGCCCAGGACCUCCAGACAUACUGCCCAGGCUUGUGCCCUGCAGAGGUCACUUCAGUGCAGCUUGACUUCACCCCUGGAGGCACACUCCAUUGUCUCUUGAGACAACACUGGCAUUGCUGCAGAAGUUUCCUUUUUUUUUCCCCAAAAAGGCCGGUUUCCAGGCCUUUUCAACAGCUUGUGAAAUGUCACCAGCUGGGUUGUUUGCCCUCUGCCUCCACGGUCGGUGGCAGCAAUGCUUCUGGAAACCACUAGAGGGCGGCAGGCUCUUGUGCUCAGAUGCUGCUUGUGGGGUUCAGACAGGCACCUGGUUGGCCCUGUGAGAAGAGGGUGCUGGACUAGGUGGGCCCCUGGCCUGAUCCAGGAAGGCACUUCUCACACACUUAGACGAGGCGAGGGGUGGAGAAGACUCUCUGGCUGUUGGGCUCCUGGGCUGCCGCAUCCUAGUCCUUUACCAUUAAGUGUCCGAAGUAGAAGCAUUGCCCUUUCUUACAGUUCCUGAGACAGGAGUGACACAAAUUCUGCAAAACAAGGAUGUUUGCAUGCAAUCUCUUUAAGAUGCAUAAUUUGUGCAGCUUACAAAGUUUGGUGCAAAAUUUUUGUGGUGGUUUUGUUUUUUUCAGAAUGGAGUCUGCAGAGCCCUACUUAAUGGGCGUAGGGAGAAAGUAGGAUGUGGAGGAAAUCAUUUCAGCCUCCGUUAUUUGUUUAUGUGUGUGUCUUUUAAACCCCCUUCAGAAAAUUUUUUUGACCGCUGCCUCUGAAGAAGAGAUUUUCCAGCAUUUAGACUUGGAGUAUAUACCCCCAGAAGAGAGAAACUCCUGAUUUCUGCCAUGCAAAUCACCUACUUCAUCCCACGGAAAUCACUGGCCCAUCCAAGUGAAAUGGGAACACAUUCCAGCUCCUCUGAAUUGCCUGGCACUCUUGCUGUUGGAACAGGAGAACCUCUUGCCUUUUUACACUGAUUUCAGAAAUAGACCUGUUGGAUCAGAAACUCUGUGUGUGUGUGUGUGUGUGUGUGUGUGUGUGCGCAUGCACGUGCGCCUGGGUGUCCUAUUCUAUGUUCAUGGAUUUUAAGGAAAUAAACAAGCACUUUUUUCUGUGUCUGUGCUGCCUCA